CUCAUCUUAAUCUCAGUCUUCAUUUUGCUCCCUCAACGUUUCUACGUUCAUGUCGUCGCAAUCCGAAUCGUCAUCAUCGCCAAGCCCACAAUCGGCGCUUCCGACCUUCCUCCGCGGCACCGUGAUCAAGGGGUUCGGCCGCGGAAGCAAAGAGCUCGGCAUCCCGACCGCCAACCUGCCCGAGGACAUUGCCAACUCAAUGUCGGAGGGCAUUUCGACGGGCAUCUACUAUGGCUGGGCGUCGGUCACCCAGUCCAAGGCGUCGGGCUCGGGCUCGUCGUCGACCCCUGCUCCUGCUGCUCCUGCUGCUGCUCCAGUCUACCCAAUGGUCAUGAGCGUCGGAUGGAACCCAUUCUACAAGAACGAGAAGCGCUCGGCCGAAGUGCACAUCAUCCAUGACUUUGCUCAGGACUUUUACGGCGACGAGCUCGCAGUCGUUGUGACGGGCUACAUCCGACCAGAGCUGAGCUUUACCACGCUUGACGCGCUGAUCGCUGCCAUUCACGCGGAUAUCGAAAAGGCCAAGAAGGACUUGGAGCUGCCAGAGCAUGCCCAAUACAAGACAUCCGCAUGGCUGCAAGGCGGCCCUGCACAGUCUGUUGCCGCUGCCGCUGCGCCAUGACGCGAGAUUGCUUGGUUUCAAAAAGCCUGGUUGUCCGUUUCAACAAGUGGCACGGGAACGGCCAACCGCUGUGUAAUUUUAGGCUCGUUGUGCUUUUUUGUCUUGUCUUGAUUUGUAACGUGUGCAUGCGUGUGGUGUGCAUGUCGGCAUGUGUCGAUGAUGCAUUUGUCGCGGUGCAUUUCGAGUGUGGUGCUUUUUGUGUGGUGCGCGUCGUGUUCCGUCGUUCUGCGACUUUCCCCUCCUCCGAAAGCCAGUAGCAACCAGAGAUUGUUGCUCUGCUUUUUACGAGACUUGCGACGAUGCACACUGCACUGAUUGACUGACGUUUUUGUGUUUGAUGGCAAGUUUUUUGUACUCGAUGCUCUGCCGUCUCAAAUAUAUUCCAUACUCUUCCCCCCAA